AUGGCAUACUACGAGCCUCAGGCCUGGCAGGCUCCCGUGCGUCAGGGAUCGUGGGAGCAACCCGCUCCGCCUUCCCGAUCUGGCACGAGCUCUACUGCCCAACGUGACGACUCUCCGGCCUUUGCCUCUCAGUUUGACGAGGUUGACCGUGCCGUUGACAAUUUGGUAAAGAGUGGGAAGCUCUUUAACUCUGCUCCCCGAAGGGAUUCAGUGCCCCCAAUUACCGGUCGUCCCUACGCCGAUUAUGAUCCGCGCAUGAUGGCCGGAGCGCAUCCUCCCCGUCAUCACUCUGUCGGCGACUACGAUGCCGCCCGCCCCCAUUCGGCAUCGAAUCUGCAAGGAUUCUAUGCUGCCCAGCGUUUUCAAGGCCGUCCCAACGAAGCAGAGCAGAUGAUGCAGGCGAAACGCCGAUUGGCGGCGCAAAGGGAGAGGGAUCUCCGCAACUAUCAUCAAGAACAACAAUAUAACCGAAGCCUUCUUGCCGAAAUGUCUGGAAACAAGUCCGAUCGUUCCAUGAGUCCUGCUGCGAUGAGCGAAGAAAGCCGACGCGAACUGAUUGCACGUCAACACCGUGCUCUGUAUGGCCAUGAUUCCGCCUCCUUUUACCCUAACGGAGGUCUUGAUGAUCGCCAGGCCUCGGGUGCCCCGAAUACGACCGCAAGCGCUGCUCAAGGACACUCUCCCAGAGGAGUGGAUCCAUUUGGCGGUCUUAGCCAGGUCCACGGUCAACCUGGCUCGGAGAAUCCCGGUCAACACCCUACCGGAGUCGCAAGUGCCCAAUCCGGAGCCGUUCAGAAACCUCGAUCACGUGCCAACAGCACCUCGUCCCCGAACGCAAGCCAGACUUCCUACAAUGUUUUUGAGCAACAUCAGCAGUCGACUUCUACCUCAUCCCCGGGUGUUGCUGCCAACGACUCCCCGAAUUCCCGCCAAGGUAGCAAUAAAAUGCCAAACACGGCAGUUGGCCCCAUUGGCACUCGCCUUAUGCCGGCCUCUAGCCAGGCUCCAAACUCAGCUUUAGCUACAUCCUCCGCCUCCAAUCCCGUUCACGCAUCGGCCGCCGGAGCUUCAAAUACUGGAAAGAAGGAAUCCAGCAAUGUUGCUCUUGGAUGGGGCAACGGCAAUGGCGUCUGGAGGUCGAAAGGCUCCCUCGGCGUCCAAGCAUCUGUUUGGGGUUAA